AGUACGGCAAAUUGAGUGCUAUGUGUCUUUAUGGAAGAAAUACUAUAAUUAAAAUAACACGUUUUAAGUGAAUUAUUUAAGGGCAUAUCGGUUGUGGCCUCCUAAUCUGGACAUUGGUCUUCACCUUUAUGGUGACGUAAUUCAGUGUGUGAUGCAAAGAGUAGAAUUGCAUAAAUGGGACUAAACAAUCCUUGAAAAAGUUGUAAAAUAGUGAUAUUUAUACUCUUUAAUUAACUUUGUAUUGGGUUUCUGUUUAACCUCAUCUUAUAGGAUUUGCUUAAUUCACCAUUUAUCGCAUGAUCGGCUGUUAUAAGAAUGGGAUCCAGGCAUACAGGCAUCUCUUUUGUUUGGGCUUUAAUCAUCCUCCCACAGGAGGCUUAACACGUCAUGAUGAAGGCGGACAGUGAGGUCCAUGCGGCCUGUGUCAGGGGAGGGUAAGGGUGCUGCUGCCUGAGAGCGUGCCGAGUUAUUGGAUACGUGUUGUUGCUAGGGGCGUGGGGCGCGUCGUGGAAGGGGAUCUUAGCUUUUUCCCCAGAGCCCGGCGGAACAGAUUGAAUCCAGGAAGACAAGAGGUCUCAGCAGCUGGAGGGUUGACGCGCUGACAGCUGGCGGAUCCAGCCCGGAGCGCGCCGUGCCGCAGUGAGCCCGAUCCGGAGAGCGCGUUUUGCGGGACAAGUCGGGGGGGGGGGGAAGCACCUGCCAUCUGGAGUCCGGCUGGAGGAUGUCGGUGACGGGCUGCGGCGCGCCGGGGCGUCCGGUCAUGUCUGUGGAGCGGCUGGGGCUCUAAGCAUCCCGGCCUGCAGGCCGGACACUCCGCUGCCCAGCGCGUCUGUCUACGAAAUACGCCGGAUACUAUAUGCACUGACUGUGGAGGGAAGUGAUUUCGUGAGCUCAUAGGCUAAACUGGCAAUGACAUCAGCUUUAACUGGACUAGCCCAGAGCCGUGCUGCCGAUAGGGCUGAGCGGCCGCGAGAGACCACGCGUCCGUCCUCUUGAGCUGGACAUUUUUUGAGGGGAUGAUCUGUGUCCUGAAAAGAAUCAAGGCAUUAGGCCAUACAUCCUGUGCUGGCGAACUGCGUCACUGCAAGUGUUGCAGGUAAGCAGCAGAACUCUCCCCUACCACCGGCAGAGGAGCGUGCUCGCCGUGCUCCGCGGCGCGAUGUCACCGGCCAGCGUUUAACCCUUUUAGCCGGGAUGAAUUCCAGCAGAGAUCCUCCACUGGGAUCCACGUAUUCCUCGGCACCGAAUCUAGACUCGGAUAUCAACGCAAAUGCCUGUAGGCUCGUGUACGAGAAUGGGACAGACCACAACGUCAACAUCAAUAACGCAGCCCUGCGAGGGGCGAGUGACCCCAGCGCCUACCCCUCCACAGAAUACCAGGGGCUGGUCCGCCGCAGGUUCAUCCGCAGGAGCCUGUGGGUGUCUGACCACGAGGAGCAGCCGGUGGACACGCCGGAGUUUGUCAGCAGCACCCCGGUGCUCAGCAUCGAUCUGCGGACCAUAGUCGAUCGGACUCGGACCCGUCUCCUGGAGACCUCCAGCACGGAGAGCCAGGUGGGCCCAAAAGACAGCGUCCAAGCAGAUGAGGAGAAGAGACAGGUGGGCAAGACCCAGCCCAAGGUAGAGGUGGUCUGCUCCGAUGUCUCAGGUAAAGCAGGGAGCGAUGAGAAUGAAGAGGAGCCCGGGAUGAAGGCUGUGUCGACCUCACCAGGGGGGCGCUUCCUGAAGUUUGACAUCGAGCUGGGCAGAGGGUCCUUCAAGACCGUCUAUAAGGGUCUGGACACCGACACCUGGGUGGAAGUGGCAUGGUGUGAACUACAGGAACGAAAACUAUCCAAAGUUGAGAGGCAGAGAUUCAAAGAGGAAGCAGAGAUGCUGAAGGCUCUCCAGCACCCAAACAUCGUGCGAUUUUAUGACUUCUGGGAAUCACCAGUGAAAGGGAAGAAGUGUAUUGUUCUGGUGACAGAGCUGAUGACUUCAGGGACUCUGAAAACGUAUCUUAAGCGCUUUAAGGUCAUGAAGCCAAAAGUUCUCAGAAGCUGGUGCAGACAGAUCCUCAAAGGCCUCCACUUCCUCCACACAAGGACUCCUCCGAUCAUUCACAGAGACCUCAAGUGUGACAACAUCUUCAUCACUGGCCCCACAGGCUCUGUCAAAAUUGGAGACCUGGGCCUGGCAACGUUAAAGAGAGCCUCUUUUGCCAAAAGCGUUAUUGGAACUCCGGAGUUCAUGGCCCCAGAGAUGUAUGAAGAGCACUAUGAUGAAGCAGUGGAUGUUUAUGCGUUUGGGAUGUGUAUGUUGGAGAUGGCCACUUCAGAAUAUCCUUACUCUGAGUGUCAAAAUGCUGCUCAGAUCUACCGCAAAGUCACCAGUGGGGUGAAACCUGCCAGCUACAGUAAAGUCAGUGAUCCAGAAAUUAAGGAAAUAAUUGGGGAGUGUAUCUGUCACAGAUGGGAGGAAAGAUACUCCAUUAAGGACCUCCUGAAUCACGCCUACUUCGCAGAGGACACAGGCGUGAGGGUGGAACUUAAUGAAGAGGAUGAUGGAAGAAAAUCAACCAUUGCUCUAAAGCUGUGGGUUGAAGACCCUAAAAAGCUGAAGGGGAAAUACAAAGACACUGGUGCCAUUGAGUUUACCUUUGACUUGGUGAACGAAAUCCCUGAAGUAGUAGCCCAAGAAAUGGUGGAAUCAGGAUUCUUCCUGGAGUGUGAUGUGAAGAUAGUUGGAAAAUCUAUCAGAGACCGCGUAGCUCUAAUCAAAUGGAGGAGGGAGCGGAUGGCCUCUACAAAUGGAAAUAGUGAGGGAGGCAUGAAGAAGAUGCAGCAGAAUCUGCUGCAGGUGCCGGGGACUGGCGUGCCACAGGGAACCAUUCAGGCCACUGCAGAUUAUGAAGACCUAGAGACUCUUAUCUGCACUGUCCCUGUCACUACAUCUGCCACAUCCGACAGCGGAGUGAGCUCUACCAUGCAGUUAGAUGAUAUAAACAAUCAGCAGAAUGACACCUACCAGUCGCCUCCAGAGCCCAUUUCUACAGCUCAGAUUGUCUGCAGCCCUCCUGCGCAGUUUGACCCCCAGCUGCCACGGGGAGCUUACCAGCAAUCUACAGCACAGGCCUCUCACGAAAACUACUCACAAGCAUCCACACAAUUACACCAGGGAGCCUACCAGCAAACCACAGGUCAGCUGCAUCCUGGGGCCUUUCAACAAGCCCCAGCACCGCUGCACCAGGGGCCUUAUCAGUGUCAAACAACUGUUUCCGCCCCAGCUACCCCAGUGCCUACAGCGCACCAGAGUAAACAGACAGCACAGAGCUUCCCUGCCGCAGCCCCCCCUCUCCAAACACAGCUUACUGCCCAGCCAAGCCAAGAGCAGCGGCACCUCCAACCGGCUGCUGUCCCGCACCAGUUGUUAUCUGCUGACCAGAAUGCAUCCCACUUGAGUCCCCCUGAUGUGUGUGCCAGUUUUCCAUCAUCAGUCUCCAGUGCUCCGUCCCCUCUUCUGCCUCUGCAGGUCAGCACACAGUUUCCCUCACCAUAUCAUGUUGUUCAAACAGUGGCUCACAUGCCCCCUAAAUUCUCCCCAACUCCCCUGCCGUCCACUUACAGCAGCAGUGACCCUCCUAUUUGUAGCUCUUACUACUCACCGUCACUCCACUUUCCCUCCCUCCCUCUCACCCUUCACGCUGUCAUGCCUUCUGUACCUUCACUUGGCACACCCCAGACUCCCCUAUCCACACCUCAGCAUGUGCCCAACAUGGCACUCCCGGUUCCACUUCUGGCCAUGUCCUUCUCCCCUGCAGCACCACAACAGCAGGGUGGUCUUUCCAGAUCACAGUCAAACCUUGGUAGCUUCCAUUCCACCCAUCCCCUACCUCUCUCUCAGGUGCAACCCACCCCUUUCCCCGCCCCCAACCCUGAGCAGGAAUUGACUGAACAACCUGUCCAGAUGAUUACCCCACGUGGAACUCUGGGAGAUAUUCACCUUUUGCCAGCGCCACACCUAGAGACAACAUGUGCCUCUAGCUUCUUUCAACAAGAGCCCUGCGCAGAGGAUGUUUAUUAUGACAAACCGAUCUCACUUUCCAGUUUCGCUUAUGACAGUCUCAACUCUGAUGUAGCAUCAGGAAAGGAAACAAGUGACGGCUAUGAAAGCUUUGCAAGUGGCAGCAAAGUGGAUGGAAAACCCAGGAAACACCACCGCAAGUCUGCUCGCACACGCUCCAGACAAGAAAAGGCCAGCAAACCCAAACUGAGCAUGCUCAAUGUUUGCAACACUGGUGACAAAAUGGUAGAAUGCCAGCUGGAGACUCACAACCAUAAAAUGGUGACAUUCAAAUUUGAUCUGGAUGGAGAUGCUCCAGAGGAAAUCGCCACUUACAUGGUCGAGAAUGGCUUCAUCCUGCUGUUAGAGAAGGAGAUCUUCAUUGACCAACUGAAGGACAUUGUGGACAAAGCUGAAGAUAUGCUGCACGAAGACAUGGAGGAUGAAAGUCACACAGCUUUAAGCUGUAGUCCUCUACAAGGCCAGACAUCUGAGGGAUUGGUAGGAGAGAGUCAGCUGCCUGGAGCACCCCAGGCUGUCUAUCAGCAAAAUGUUCUUCAUACAGGAAAGAGAUGGUUCAUAAUCUGUCCAGUGGAGGAAACUCCCACAUCCAGUCAGGACACUCCCUCAGAUGGGACGGCGACACAGUCACCUGGGAGCUCGGCCAAUACCCAACCUGCUGACAGUGUCACUGCAAGGCCCUCCAGAGAAGAGGGAUCAUCCUCCACAAUGUCUGGUGGUAGUGGAGGAUUCUCCUAUGAUGUUUACGGAUUCUGCAGUCCCCCCAUAACGUCUAACACAGACCCACUCCUCUUGGCCAAUUUGUCACCUCCUGUAUCUGCACCCCCAACUUUACAGUCAGUGUCGACGGUGGAACAUGGAGGCGGCUCAGUGCAGCCAAGUUUGCACCAAGCCCAAACAACCAGAGUUCAAGGGCUGCCCCCAUCACCCUCCCAUACAUCUUUUCCAUUGGAGGACUCCCAAGGAUCCCCUCUGGGCUCCAUUUCCCCCACUCAUGCAGCUCAGCAGAUGCCUGACAUGACACGUCCUGUAUCUAUCGCUGAUGAGGAAGUGGGAACAUCCAAAGAGCCGCCCUCUGUUUCCUAUGCUCCAGCGACACACAGCGAGCGGACACAGCAGCCCGUGGUGCUCCAACAGCCUUUUUCUACUGUGGGAGGGGCCAAAGUGUCCUCCCUACCGCAGAGCCCAGCACCAUCCCAACAUGGUGUGGGGCCCAGUGAGUCCGAUGGUGAAGGGCGGCUGGGCCGCGGGGGCUUCGUUGACAGCACUAUUAAGACUUUGGAUGAAAAACUUCGGAAUUUGCUCUACCAGGAGUAUGCCCCCAUGUAUCCGUCAGGUAGCGCCGCGGAGACUCCAGGAUCUUGCACAGAGUACAUCCAGUCACCUCCUGGUCCAGACAGCGCCAUGGUGGGUUCGGGAAACAGCACUCCAGGUCCAAUGGGAGAAGGACGCUACAGGGCAGGAGAACAGCUGCCUCAAAUUCCGGAGAGAAUGGAUAGUUUGAGCACCCUGAGUGACUCAGCUGUGUGUGCUUCCUUGUCAAGAGGACACGUUCCUCACUCUGUUUCCUGCUCUGGAACAAGGGGUCGGUUUAAGAUCAUGUCUGGCCCCCCUGAGUUAGCCAGCAGGCGAGAUGUGAAGCAGAGGAGCUGGAGCAGCGCUGCCUCGCCGGCCCAUCCUGUGGAAUACAGCGCCGACCACGCCCAGGCCGACACCGCCGUGACCCCCACCACCAUCGGCCGUUUCUCCGUCGUGAGCACCGAGGACGACAUUACACAGAGGACACGUUGCAGCCGCUACUCUGCCCCACCUGACUUCUACCUGGACACCCCCCCCUCCAUGGCCAAGCGGGGAUCCUUGCCUCGAGCUUUGACCUCGAACUCUGUCCCCGUGGACGUCACGGUCCACGCUCGAUUCCUCUCCUCCGACUCUGGAGCGGAGAGCAGCCCGGCAAAGCUGGCCUCUGCCACUCCAUCUAAACACCACCGCUCUGAGCGCAGAGGAAGUGACCUGAUGAAGAGGGCAGUGGCCUUCCUCCGUCGCACCGGUCGAAGCAGCAGCGUGCAGAGCUCUGAUUCCCCUAGCAGGCAUGGAGGAAUGCACGGCUCCACCUAUGCCAGCAGUGACAAUGACUCUGAGAUGGAGGACUCAGAUAUAAAAAGGGAACUUCAGAGACUGAGGGAGAAGCAUCUAAGGGAGAUCUCGGAGCUGCAGGCCCACCAGCGAGGGGAAGUGGAACUGCUGUACCGCAGACUUGGCAAAGCUCCACCUUCAGGCCUUGCUUUUUCACAUGUCGCACCACAUGCAAGCCGCAGAAAGCGAUCCAACAAGCACAGACUGAAGCCAGGAAAGCUUCUCAGUCCUCUAGUUCAACAAUUUAGAAAUGUCACAACCAAAACAAGUGACUCCAGCAGAUCCAGUGCUGCUACAGCUACAGUUGAGCCCUCAGUGAGUUUGAACGGCUCUCCAGCCAAAGCGUCUUUUCCCACUCACAGUAGGGCACGCUCAUGCACCAGCCACCUGCCCAGCUCCACCUCAGAGCCAGUGCAAACUCAGCAGCCCUGUUCCCUCAAAGGCUCUCUGUCCUCUGACAAUAUUUAUGCCGGACUACGUGGAGACAGCACCAGUCCACAAAUUCCACCUGGACAAGGCUGGUCUAAUUACCCACAACCCUCAGAGAGAGUGACCUAUAAAUCCAGUAGCAAGCCACGAGCUAGAUUUCUCAGUGGGCCUGUGUCUUUGUCUAUCUGGUCAACACUGAAGAGACUGUGUCUUGGCAAAGAGCGAGGCAGCAGAUCUGGAGCUACAGCAUCAGGAGCUGCCAGUCAGUCACAGCAAAUGCCAAGUGGUGUCACACCUCCUCCACAUCAGCCGGUGAUGGGCCUGGCCCAAGCUCAGGCCAACAACAGCAACAACAAAACAGCCACAUAUCGUGGCACAUCCAUGAGUGCCAAUGAUAACAAUCUGCCUGAAGACUUCCAACGACUGAUGGACGACUGGGCACAAGAGGUUCUGAUUGUCACCCACCGACCACGGACCAACUCUUUGAGUAUCCGUGGACAGCAAAUUUGGGAUCAGUUUGUUCCUCCAAUGCCCGAGCAGCAUGCUGGUGCUUCAGAUGCAUCAUCAUGGUCAGGCCCAAGUCCAGAGGUUUGCACUCUGCCCCAGUCAUGGCCUGACAGCCCUGGGGCAACAGUGACGACUACCCCCCCUCCAGCACCGCAUUAUACCUAUCAGCUCCACUCUCCUGCUCCGUUCAGAGCAUUGUCUUCUCCUCUCUCCUUUACCCCGUGGCCUGGGUUUAUCUUCCCCAUCACUCCAGGAGUAUUUUCCUUUCCUGCUGUGACCCCAGGCCAGGAUGCCAACAACCCAAAUCCAGUGUCACUCCAUCAGCUGACCGACCCCAAGGCGAGGACUCUGUAAUCCAAGUAGCAUUGUGUCUUCCAACUCUGUUACCAAAAACCUUUCUUAUCAUACUUCUAAUAAAUCUUUUGUGCAUAAAGUGUAUAUAUUUAACCAGCAUGUAUGUAACCAUAUGUACAUACUCAUGGCCAUUCUUGUUGAAUUUGUGUUGACAUACCUCAUGUCCAUAUUAUAGUUAAAAAUGCAGUCUGAAGGUAGGAGGUUUAUUAAUUAGCCCAUUCAGGCUUUAAAGUGCAGAUUUUCAUAUUUGCUUAUGGAUGUGCUUUACUACCGGCUGAAUGUACAUAAUGUACUCUGCAUUCAUGUUGUGUUUAUAUGAAAUAGUCAAUGUUUGUGUUACUCAUGUCACCCCUAUAUAUUGUAAGCUGCUGUGUGUAUACAUGACUACUUGUUAGUCUGUACAGAGCAACUGUGUUUGUACAGUCAACAUUAGAUGACCCAUAGGUUGGUGCUGCUGCUUUAUGUCUUCUUGCAACAUCUGAUCGAUCAGAAACCAUCAUGCCAUCACUGUGAAGACUUGGCCUGCUGGUCACUAGGACACUGCUUCUUAACUCGGAUUUCUCUGCUCAGUCAAGUUGUAGGUUGCACUCUUCAUCAGUGAAAUGCUUCCAGCCCAAGCACUUCAAAUAUCUUAUGAGAUUUGAACGAACAUGAACUUUAUCUUCAGGUGUGCAAAAAAAAAAAAAAAAAGCAUAGCAAAAGCACCUGUGAGAGUGCCUUGAAUUGCAGUUUUCUGAAGAAAUGCAUUUACUCUCAAUGCAUACAAGAGAUACUGUACAUAUUAGUGAUUUAUUAUGAACAAUGAAUGUGGAGAAAGACAUCAAUAAGCAACUAAUUAUAACUCGACAAAGUAGUAAGAGACUGUAAAGAAAAUAGUCCAUUAGUGAAUUAGGUUAAACAUUUACUAUAAGCUUUUCCUUGUUCACUUAAAUCAUAUUCCUGGUCACUCCACCACCUGCACCACGGCCUGCAUGGAUACGUUGAUAUUCUGAAUGUGCACAGGUUGAUGUGAAAGGGUUGGGAGGAUGUCAGCACUGAAAUUAAGUGACAAGGAGGCUUGAAGAAACAUUUCAUCCCAUAUCUCUACUAAUGCAAUCUGUAGCUUUAUUUAUUGUUGCCUUUGUGGGUUUUGAGUGACUACUGUGUGGUUGGUUGUGGCUUGAUGAAGACUGAUGAUAUGAUACUGAUGAGGAAUGUGAAGAAUGAGAAUCAUCAAGAAGCCAUGUCUGCUUGACACGUUAACUGUACAAAUAUCGGAGGUAUUUUCAAUUAGGUUUAGAGAUUCUGGCCACACAAAGGGUACGCUUGAAUAGAAAAAAAAAGAUUUCCUAUGAUCCUUUUCCUAAGCAUUUUCCGUUGGCGUUGUUGGAAAACGUCAUGGGGACAAGGAAAGGUGCAGCAAUGAAAUUGUAAGGGGGAAAAAUGACCACACUUACACCAAGCUGUGAUGUGGGUCAGCAGCACUGAAAUAGCAGCUGUUCAAUAAAUAUUCUACC